AUGGAGCUGUACAAUGAUUACGAGUAUCUGUGCCGGUUUCGAUUGAGCAAAUGUGCCCUGCAGCAGCUGCUCGCAACACUGCCUUUGCAAGAACACAAUGACGGAUGGGGGUUCCCUGUGCCGCCUCUCCUGCAGCUCCUUAUCACACUGCUGUUCUAUGGAGCAGGAGUGUUUCCAACUUUGACCGGGGACCUUGUGAAUAUUGCCCAUCCGACGAUCUCGCGGGUGACCGAGCGCGUUUCUACUAUGAUCGCCAAAAGCCUAUUCACUGCGCUUGUGAAGUGUGGUGCCGCUUCAGAAAUGAGUGGUGUGAUGAAAGAAUAUUAUAGGACAGGAAAGUCUCCCGGUGUCAGUUGGUGUAUUGACUGCAUUCAUGUGCCAAUUAAGAGCCCUGGUGGUGACCACGUGGAGAUUUACCGCAACCAGAAAUGA